UGUAGUUGGAGUAUCGUCAUCUAGUUCCUCUUUUUUCCAGCUCAAAUGGAGGUUUAGCAGUAGUUUAAGACAUUUUGUUAUUGUUAACGGAGGACAUAUAAUUGUGAGAGGAAGACCGGAACACAUUACCAUUCCUUAUUGCAGGUCCUGUAGUCUUCCCCUCAGGCAGGUCUCCACUGUGAGGGAAUGGGGGAGCCCAAGUCUCCUAAGUGCUCCUCCAUAGAGGAAGAGCUGUCUUACUGGAAGGAGCAGUCUGCCAAACACCAACAGAGGGCAGUAGAUGCCCAGGAGGAACUGCAGGAGUUCCAGCAGAUGAGCCGGGACUACGAGGCGGAGCUGGAGGCAGAGCUCAAGCAGUGUGAGGCGCGGAACCGUGAGCUGCUGACUCAGAACAACCGCCUGCGCAUGGAGCUGGAGAGCUACAAGGAGAAGUAUGAGGCCCAGCACUCUGAGGCCUUCAGGCAGAUCUCCACGCUGGAGGGGGACCUUGCAGAAACCACCGCCAUAAAAGACCAACUUCACAAGUACAUCCGGGAGCUGGAGCAGGCCAACGAUGACCUGGAGAGGGCCAAGAGGGCCACCAUCAUGUCACUGGAGGACUUUGAGCAGCGGAUGAACCAUGUGAUCGAGAGGAAUGCCUUCUUGGAGAGCGAGCUGGAUGAGAAGGAGAGCCUCCUGGAAUCGGUGCAGCGGCUGAAGGACGAGGCCCGAGACCUGCGACAGGAGCUGGCAGUACAGCAGAAACAGGAGCGCCGGCCAUCCCUCGCCCUCACCAAAGAUCCUGAGAGGACCGACCCGCCGCCCUCGCCACGGGUCCCCUCCAGCCUCCCCUCCGUCCUGGCCACGCCUUCCGGGCCUCCCCGUAGCCCGGCCAGCUCCUUUACCACGCCCGCAGCCUCCUUCCAGCGAGGUGAAAGCAUGACCGCAACUCCCCUUACCACAUCCGCCCGGAUAUCUGCCCUCAAUAUCGUCGGGGAGCUGCUGAGGAAAGUGGGGAACCUGGAGUCAAAGCUGGCCUCUUGCCGGGAGUUCGUGUACGAGCAGACGCCAAACCGGGCGAACCCCACCGCUGGUCCUGGGACAGCAGCUGCUAUCCCACGAGAGGGUUCAGAGAACCAGCACAGCCCCAACGGCCUGCCCGCAUUCGAUAAGGGAUUAGCGAAGCGGCUAGAAUUUGGACCUGCCCCAAAGAUUGCCCUGUGAGAGCGUGGUUGCUCUCCUCCCCGCCCUGCUGUCAGCACAACACCCCGUGCCCCUUCUCUGAACUCCGGAACUUCAGGACUCUCCCUCUGGUUACCCCCAAGGGCAGACUGGCCCCACCUUCUCUCUCUGGCCCUGCCUCUGAAGAGCUCUUCAGUUUCCUGAGGUUUCUCUGUUCUUCCUGUUGCAGAGGAGCACUGGAUUGGUUAAAGACUGUUCUUAACCCACUGUCCCACCAGCAGGCCCAUAGGCUGUACCACUGACAGACUUCCCUCGAUUGGAUAGAAUGUUGUGUUGGGGGGUGAGAGGACCUUGUCAAUACUAUUUGGCAGUCGGCUCCCGUUGUCUUAUAGACUACAUUUAGCUGUCCUUCGGUUGUACAGCUGGGUUUAACUUUCACCAGAUAGACAAA